ACAUAAGUUUAAACAAAGUUUAUUUGCUGUGCUGUGUAAAAAUACAGUUUGCAUGUUAAGCUGCUGCAUUUAUUAAUACAUAAUUUGUUUUAAACAAUUAAAUCCACCAACAGCUGCCAAGUCAAUUGUUCAAGUGCAGUAUGUGUUUUAAAAUCGUGUGCAACAGCAGCUUGUUGCUGUUGCUGCUGUUCGGCCUCAACGCUUUGGUUAGCUCCAACAAUCUGGCUGGCUAUGAAGGCUAUACCAAGUAUACGCUACAUCAUGACGACGAGGCUGCCUAUCGCUAUAUGGUUGACCUGCAGACCACCGAUACGGAUGUGGACUUCUGGCUGCUUUCACGCAACAUGUCCGUGCUGACAGUGGCGCCUCAGCUUAAAUCGCAAUUCGAGUCGCGUCUAUCGCAGCUUGGCGUGCAGUAUCAAAUGCAGCCGCUGAUGGAGCUCAUGGCUGCCUUGGAGGGCAAUAGCACCAGCUAUGGUGAUGAGUAUGAGGAGUGCCAGUCGGGUGACUGCGAUACGCAGCGUUCGCAUAAUCGCCAGCGUCGUCAGUCUCGAGGCAUCUUUGGGCAUUUUCCACGCUAUCAUGAGAUUCUGAACUUUAUGAGUGGACUGGCCAACCGUUAUCCUCUGCACUGUCGCUACGAAUCCUUGGGACGCAGUAAUGAGGGUCGCCACAUUGCUGGUCUGUCUAUUAGCCUGAACCAACGCGUGCGUCCACGUAGAGUGGCUUACAUACAGGCAGCUACUCAUGGUCGCGAGUGGAUUACAACACAGACGGUGCUCUACUUGGCCUACGAGCUCCUGACCAAUCUGAGAGCUUUCCAGCGUGUGCUGCAUGAUGUGGAGGUGUUCAUUGUGCCUUUGGUUAACCCCGAUGGCUAUGAAUAUACGCAUACAACCGAUCGUUUCUGGCGUAAGAAUCGUCAUCGCUAUGCUGGCCAUGGCUGCACCGGCGUCGACAUCAAUCGUAAUUUUGGCAAUCACUGGAACUCUAAGGGCGCAAGCCAGAAUCUCUGCUCGGAGGUUUAUUCGGGUGUACAGCCCAAUUCGGAGCCGGAAACUGCGGCAGUGGUUCGCUAUUUGGAAUUCAAUCGUCAUCGUGUGAAACUCAGCCUGGAUGUGCACUCAUUCGGCAAAUUCAUUUUUUAUCCCUACGGCUUUGCGAGAGGUGCCGUGCCACCCACUGUGAACACGCUGCGCUCGGUGGCGCUACGCGCCGCCAACCAAAUCGGCAAAUAUCGCGGCACACGCUAUACAAUCGGCACCUCAGCCUCCAUUCUGUAUGAGGCAUCUGGCAGUCUGGAUGACUUUGCCUAUGGCACACUGGGCAUACCCUUGUCCUACACGCUUGAGCUGCCCGGCGAAGAGUUCCAUGUGGCGACCUUUGACAUUCUGAACGUCUGCAAGGAGACAUUUGCCGGCUUUGUGGAGUUCAUACGCCAUGUUAGUCUGUAUUAGAGAGAGUCGUCUGUAUUUAAGCAAAUUAUUUUGAAUUUAUAUUUGUUAAUUUAACUAAUUAAUAUACUUGUUGUUAGCUAAUAAAGUAGCAAUGUGAGUUAGAGACAGAAGAUACAAUGUACCCUAACUAACGUGUUUUGUUACCCCGUUCCUUAAUUUUAAGUAUAUACAAGUUUAUUAUGUUAAGUCUAGUCCUUAAUAAGCGGAUACUUGACAAUCAUGCGACGUGCCAUAGCUUCAAUGCCCAGCCAGCUCUCCUUGACCAGGCGAUCAAUAUCUUCAGCUGGAGGAUCGAAUAAAUUCUCACCACCUGCAGGCAACUCCAUCGUAUAAGUUAUAGGAAAGCCACCAUUGAAAGCAUAAUCAUCGCUAGCGCCUGCAGCAGGAUACAACAAAGUAGUGGAGCAGCCUACUUGAUAGACAGUGCCCGUAGCAGCUUUAAUAGCAUCUGCACCAGCGCGCGCUACUUCAUCAAGAUCAGGCCACGUAGCAGGCAAU